AAGUACCUUAACCACUGCACACACAUACAAAUAGAGAAACACACACACACACACACACACGCACGCACCCGGCCAGAAGGCUCUGUCAGAAAUAACAGCUUUAUAAAUAGCCCAUCAACUAUCCAAGGGGGAAUUUCCUUAAAGCACGGCACAGCAAAACAUAAACCAGUCAGGAAAGAGCAGGGACAGACUUGCUGAAAUUGACAGUUGUCAGCACUGAAAAACAUACAGCACAACGGUCAUGGCAUCUGAACAGCCUUCUAUAUCUUCAGACAACCCUGUGUGCCCUGGGUGCCAGGCAGAGGGGUCAGUUCUACUUCCCUGUGGGCACCACUUAUGCCAGUCCUGUCUGCAGCUCUGCCAGCAUGAGCUAGGGCAGGACCAGCGAGGAUGCACGGAGUGUUAUGGGCGGGAGCUGCUCGACUGCGUCCUGAAGGGUCUGUUCGACUCACUCUUUCAGGACCAGCCCAGGCGGAUCGGGUGCGGGUUGGAGCUGGGCUUUGGAGGCAGCGUAGAGGGCACAGACAGGGCUGAGGAGGACAGGACGUGUGCCAGGCAUGGAGACAGACUGACUCUGUUCUGCACAGAGGACGAGGAAUUGAUCUGCACUCAGUGUCAAGAAGAGCACAAGGACCACGAGUGUGUCGACACAGAGGAGGCAGCUAAAGACUGCAAGACAGAGCUGAGCUCAGCAUUGAGCUCCUUGAGUGAGAAGCUGGAGACCCUAAACACAGCCAAGCAAAACUGUCAGGACACAGCUGGGCACAUCAGGAGGCAAGCCCAACACGCAGGGAGCUUGAUCAAGGAUGACUUCGAAAAGCUGCACAAGUUCCUGCGAGACGAGGAGACGUCCAUACUGAACACCCUGAAGGAGGAAGAGGAGCUGAAGACUCGGAAAAUGAAGGAAAAGUUGGACAGGUUAACGGAUGAGAUUACAUCUCUAAUGGAAAUUAUUAGCUCAACGGAGCAAGUCAUGAACUCUGAAGAUUUUGUAUUUCUAAAGAAUUAUAAAAAGACAUCUGAGCGAAUGGAAUGCACAGUGAAGGACCCAGAGGACACGCCCGGGGCUCUGAUUGACAUGGCCAAACACCUGGGCUGCCUGAAAUUCAGAGUCUGGGAGAAAAUGCAAACUCUUGUAAUGUACACUCCAGUAACCCUUGACCCAAACACGGCAGACGCGUGUCUGUCUCUGUCGGAUGACCUUGCCAGCAUCCACUAUACAGAGGAGGAAGAGCAGCAUCUCCCUAACAACCCCGAACGUUUCCGUGGCUACGAGGGCGUGCUUGCUGCUGAAGGUUUCAGCUCGGGUCGCCAUAGCUGGGACGUGGAAGUCGGUGACAGCAGCGAGUGGGCCCUGGGCGUGGCCAAGGACAGCAUAGAACGUAAGGAGUGGUUCCCAGCCAGCGCCGAGCGCGGGAUGUGGACCAUGUCCCUGAGCAAUGGACAGUAUCGGGCCAGCGACGGUGCUGGCACCCCCCUGAGCCUGAAGAGAAAGCCCCAGAAGGUGUGCGUACAGCUGGACUGGGAUGCCGGACGAGUGAUGUUCUCGGACGCUGGUGACAACACGCUGCUAUACAAGUUUAAGGAUAAGUUCAUGGAGAAGCUGUUCCCGUAUUUCUCCAACACAUGCAAGAGGCAUCCUCUGUGCAUUGCUGCGGAGAAAGUGUCCGUGUACACGGAGUAGCUCGAUAUUCCAGCAUUAAGGCUUCGAUGUGUAUAAGUGCUUUACACAGGAAGCUGUGACUGAGGUGAUGCAUUGUGCCAAAUGUACUGUGAAUGCAUCCAUGGGUCAUAAAAGCCUGCGUCUUUGAAAACCAGCAGAAGUCAUUUAAAGCUGUCAUUAAAACAUUAUACAUUAAAAUACUAUUAAAUACAAGAUGGAAGAUGGCAGAAACGUUUAUGCAAACCAAAUCUAAAAAUUUAACUUACGGCGGCCUAUGACUUCUGCACAGUAAUCGCUUAAAUAUAAGUUUUGGCUUCUAUAAAUGUUGGUUUCGGUCCUAGGAAUGUAUGUAAGUGCAACUUCUAUAUUUUAAAAUAACUUUAUGGUUUCUUAAGUGUUUACAACACGAGACGGAAUAUCUUAACUUUAACUGUGGCAGUAUAAAGCUCCAGUGAUUAUACAUUUUGAGGUUUUAAGUUACCUCAUUCUCACGGGCUAAACACAAAGUAUUUGGUUUGAAAUAUUUAAAGCAGAAUGAUUACUAACCUGUGCAGUACUGCUGUGUUGUAGUUCCAGGUAACAACGCUGCUCAAGCUCUGAGCUCAUGCUUUUCGCUCAGCCAUGGAGGCAGGAACUACCAGACUACCAGGCUGAAUAAUAGAUAAUAGAAAUUACAUUUAUUUAAUGUGAAUGUGUAGGGUGUAGGGCAUAAUGAUGUAUUUCACAAAUGUGAUAUGUGUUACUGUAAAACUAGGCUGCCACUAAUAUUUAAGUACAUAUUGUUUAUCGUGAUGUAAAGUUGUAAACAGAAUAUAGAGGACAUAGAGGUUCUUAUAAUGCCCUAAUUAUAACAUAUUGCAGCAUUGAUGACUUAUUGAAGACAAUAUAUAUUAUAAUCGUCAAAACUGCUAUGUAGGGUUUGUGGCAACAUGGCAGAAGUUUGUGCAAUUGUUUGCUUAGUCCCCAAAACCGCCUUAGCCAUAUUUAAACCUAACUUGCACUUUGCGUCACCAAAGCAAACCUCAGAUGAAUGUUGCGUUGAUCGGCUGUAAUGUAAACAAGCAGUGUGAAAAUGAAACAGCUCGCAGUACCUAUCUCGGAGAGGUGACGGUGCAGCUGUGUAUACCGCGAGCUACACCAUGGCUUCCGCACGCACCUGUCUCCAUUUAUCAGCAAUGCUCCCCAACUGCUCACUCUCCCAAACCCCCCACACCCCCCGGUCACUCACUCCCUGCUCAGCGCCACACUCCACUGGCCCCUCCUGGACCUCUUGGCACUCAGACAUGUUUUUAACCUUUCAGAGCUGCCCCAAGUCAGCAGCUGCUAAAAAAAGGGAUUAUGGGGGAAGGAGGAGCAGUGUGCAUAAAAGCUAAGAUGACCUGCUUGGUAACACUGAUGACACGCUUGGGCAAUAACAUUUGAAAUUUUUUGUUUGUUUGUUUGUUUCACAAGCUAAAAUAGGUGGACCUUAUUGUUCUUUUUGCAUUGAAUUCGAAAUGGUUUUCAAAGUUUUUCUGUCACAUAUGAUUUAAGUGACAGGCCAAUUAAAUUUUAUUUUUUAAUAUCUAAAUAUUAAUUAUAUAUGUACAAAUAUAAUUCUAAAAUGUACAAUGUAUGAAUUCUGCCUGUAUUUGGUCUCAGGUGGUUCCCUCUUUAGUGUUCAACAGUAAUCUGCCAACUUGGUACCUCUUUUCCAUGCUAUACGUAAUGACAUGCGAGUAUACUGGAACACAAAAACUAUGGAGAUAUUUUGGACAUAUUUGUAUUCAACAUGCAAAAAUAUAUAUUACGCAGGUAUUUUUUGCAGGAAGCAAAAUCUUUUUUGACCAGCAUAACAAAAAACAGAACAUUUUGCAUAUGAAUGGUUUGUUACUUCUCUUAUGGCAACAGAAAAACACUUUUCCAAGCACUUCUAUCAAUAAGCUGGGCUGAAGUUCUGUCUGUUAAAUACAGUGACAUAAUAUAUGUGCUGACUUUCAGUUACUGCUUGCCAUUGACUCAUGCUAUUCUUUUGACAAAUUUGAUUUCUGCCGUAGUAUUAAAUGCUACACCGAUA